AUGGUGGAGAUGCUUGGCCCUCUUCCUGCUCGCCCACCCACACCUCCAAGGCCUGGUUCACGCAUUGAUCAGGACGAAACCGAUACCCCCUCCCAAAACAUCACAGAAACACCACAAACCGCCAAUUCCUCGAGAGCUCCCCCGUCAAGCCGCGCCUCUAAACGAGUGACCUGGUCACCAUGGCUUCAUACCACAAUUGACCUUCCGUCGGGCCCUUUGACAAACCUUAGACCUAAGGAUAGCCCGUUCAAGCUAAAAGAGCCUAAGCCUCGAGACAGUCCAUACAAGUCUAUUUUGAAGGAAUCGAAUUCGCCAAUACCCGUAUGGUCGCCGAAAUUUGAUCCUUUCACCUCUGAUUCUUUCGCCAUGCUCCUUGAAUCCGUCAUUCAACAAUUGGCGGGAGAGUCUAUCACCUCUCGCCUUGAUGCAUACAUGCAGUUUUUCAAUGCGCUCCGUACAUAUGAUUCGCUACCAACUGCGAAGGAUAUUACUGAGAAACUGAGCCUGAUCACCGAUUUUAUACAACGUGAUGUGAACCGCGAUUUGAGUAGUGGGGCGCCAUUAGAUAUCAAUCUUGCCAACCAAGCUCUGAAGCUAUCGGCUGCCUUGGUAUGGCAUUCAGGUGUAUCGCCCAUGUUGCCGGAAGAGUUCAAAGUUUUCCUUGUGGAGCACUCCACCACUUGCCUGCAAGACGCCAAAGUACCAAAGUCUGUUUUGACACACUACAUGUCCAUUCUUUCCGCGCAGAAUUUCGGUCCUCGGGUAAUGACCAAUGCCCGUGUCAUACGUUUACUCACAGCACUGGAAGAAAUCAGCAAUCAUGUUAGUGGUAAAGCGAUCGCUUUGCACCGUUUGACCAUCUACCAGCGCCUCCUCAGUCAAUCCAAAUCCACAUUCGUCUCUCGCUCUUCACUGUGGGCAGAGAAUUUAGUAUUCGGGCUCCUUCAUCCUAUGAAAGACAACAGAUCAAAAGCAAUUUCCCUUGGCUUCCAGGUAGCUUCCGCCGCUGGUCCAAAUCAAUCGCUCUCCAAGAAUCUUCGAGAGCUUUUUGAUCGACCACUGGAAAAAGACCGAAAGCUUGUGAACGAGGUUCGUGAGCGUAUGUCGCGAAUGAUGGCCUCUACAGAAACUGGUAUUCAUGUCCCUCAGAUCUGGAGUAUUAUUGUUCUACUUAUGAGAAGCAAGGGUUCGAAUUUGGAACAGUGGGAGCACUUCAAGGAAUGGGUUCUUGUUCUCCAAAAAUGCUUCAAUUGCAGUGAGCCUUCCAUCAAAGCUCAGGCUAUCUUGGGAUGGAAUCGAUUCGUUUUCGCCGUUAGUCCAAACGAAAAAACGAGUCCGUCUUUGGUCAAGAUGCUAGGAAAGCCAAUUUUCUCCCAAUUGGAACGGAGAAAAUCUGAUAAAUCAGGACCGGCAUCUACUCAACUUGCCUUGAGUAGCUACUACAACUUACUCUAUUACGCCUUCCGCCCCUCGCUUCUCCCCAACCAUCUCGACAUCAUUUGGGAGGAAUACAUCGCUGUUCCGUCUGCGUCCAUCUUUUCAUCCAUUUCAUCCCUGAGUGACAGUGAAGCGGGUGUGUUAGCAGCCCUCCUUUGGAGUCCACAGGCCAAAAUAUGGACAGAGAAUCGCAUCAACGACCCAAACAAGAUCGAAGCCGAAGAACUUCCCUCGAUUGAUUCAAAAUGGGUCCGUUCAAGAGUCUCAGCGAUUUUGAAAGUUUUUGAGUCUCUGCUCAAGGCGUCCGUCUGGGAUGUGAAUGAGAUUGAGAAAUCAAACAUUGCUCGUGCUUGGAGCAAUCUUUCAAAUGCGCUGUCUUUGGCCUCUAGUAAGGAAAUAACCCCUUCCACGGAAUCCAUGCAAGCUGUUGCCAGUGUUCUUGGACUGUUCAAUCGCCUCUGGCAUGCCGGCCCUACUUCAUUGAAUGCCUCGGGGGAUGGAGAGGUAGAUGCUUUCUUCGAACGGUUCCGAUUCCUAUCAACAACGAUGAUCUCCUCCCUUGGAAGCAUUCCAUUCACAGAAAGACUCCUAUUGAAGAAUUCGGACGGUACUUUUCAAUUUUCCAACACCCCCACCCACCGCCAUCCUACUUCUGGCACAAAUCUCAACACCCCUUUUCUCUAUCUUCUCCGAACAAUUAGUGCCAGUCCGGUGUCAUCAACGCCGACCUUGGCUUAUGUCCGUCUGGUUGAAGGAAUAAUUCAAGCUUCGUGCAAAGGAAGAAUAUCUCGCGGAUCUCGCCUCGAACUCCUACAGCAGUGCGCUGAUUUGAGCAUUGCGGACUCGACAUAUGUUUCCCGUCCGUCCCCACUAUCUGAGGUGGUCUGGAAAGCUAGUGCUCGAGCUGCUGCUGAUGCCCUACAAUCAUUCCCAGUGGAGUCUGCUCGGGAGCGUGAUGGCUCUGUCUCCCGCGACUAUGACAACGUCAAUAAAAUCCUUGCCUCUGGGCUAAAACCUCACAAUGUGUUCCAGGAAUGGUCACACUUGCUUGGGUCUUUUAUGCGAGUCGCCAGAACCGAGAAAGGAGAUCAAGGUCUGCCUGCUCUUAUCAUAGAGCCCUUGGCCGUAUGCCUGAUGAAUCUUUCAGUUCAUGACACUUAUCUGCCUUCGGCAUCUCUGCUGAGUCAGUCUUUGUCGGUCCCUUUCCUCCAGGGUAACAGCGUAGGAAACGGUCACACCGUCGCCCAGCAGCCGAGCCCCCCGCCGUUCCCCUACAAACUCGCGGAAUCAAUCGGGAGAACAUUGAGCCUGGCAUAUGAUGGCUUCAGUGUCUCAGAAUCCCAUGGUCUCGCAGGGUUCAUCGAGUCAUUGACGUCUUUUCUGGGCUCUGGUGCACCUCACUUUCGCUCACAGCUCCUUGAAACCUUACAAUCUUCCCUGAAGCCUUGGAUUAAAGAUGGUGCAUCCAAAUUUGAUUUCAAGCAUGGUGUGGAUAGUCGUAUUUUAACUGCUUGUCGAGCUCUUACACUUGCUGUUCUGAAUGUCCUGCAGACAUGCGUCCGUGACGAACGACCUUCGCUUCAAACGUUCGACGUGAUUAUUUGCGCUGGCUUAGAGUCUCAACACGCGUCACGAGCCAAGAAAUUCGUUGAUUUCUGGUACUCGACGACCUCUGUAGCAGAUGAAGCCUCUUCAAAAACUUCCAUUGGAGCUUCUGUUGCAACAGCCUUGGAUAACUUCAAAGCAACAGCGCAGUCCAAGGACAAUAAUAAGAACACAAUUGUCCCAUCUUCGGCUGCACAGAGGUUAACUUCUUUACAUCACGACCCUCAGGCAUACCUCUAUCCCAAUUCAUCGCCUGUGAUUGGAGUGAAUGAGCAACUGUCCCGCGAGACGUCCGAGUCAACAGAGCCACAAUUGCCCAUAACUUCUCAGUCCCACUUGAACGAGGAUUCCACAAUCCUAUCUUAUCCGGGAAAUCGACGGGAUGUCUUCCGAAUGAUCGAAGCCAUUCGAUCCUCCUCUCCUGCAAAUACUCCUGGUGGUUUGGGCUUCGACACGCCGGUGCACUUGCGUAGACAGCACGGCUCGCAAUCGGCGUUUGGAUUUCCACUGACCCCAACUCUCGCCCCGACAGAGAAUGAAGAUGGCUUUAUUGGGUCAUCCCCUACUCCCGCCACUCGGGAUCCAACUCCUGCACUUCACUCUGACGCGCCAGUCUUGCGAGCGCAAGAUAUUGCAAUGACUGAUGCAUCUGAUCUUCCAUCAUCACCACCGGAAAUCACUUCUCGCAGUCCAAGUCCCAGAAAACAAGCGAGAAACGCACGCCGGAGGUCUUUGGCAAGAGCAAAGAAAGCGAAGGCUCGCGAAGCUGCUGCUGCUGUUUCUGCGGAACAAAGCGCAGUCAGCAGCCCUGCUAUUUCUAUUGUGGAAGUUACCCAAGAUAAUACCGACGUUCCUGAACAGCCUAAAGAAAACACUUCCGUCUCUCAGGUUGAUGAAAGACCACCAAGCCGGCGCACUCGGUCUGCCUUGAGCCAGAGCACGAAUAAUGACCAAAAUUGGACACCAACCCCUGCAUUUGGAACACCUGCUAAACCAAUCGAGUCAACGACUGGUCAGAGCUCCAAGCCGAAAUCAGCAUCUCGACAGAAAUCACGAAAAGCUGUUACAAAGACAGUAGAUGAUGAGGACAGCCAACAAAAACAAUCUGAAGAGCUGCUUGAUACUCUACCCACCCCGGUGGUGACCGAUCAUAUCGAUUCUGGCGAUGACUUGGACGUCCAAAUCGCUUCCCAGCUUUCACAAGACUUGGGGUUGGCUGUCGAUCAAGGUAGCCACCAUGAAGAACGAUUAGCAUCUGCUGCCUCGCAAAGCUGUAAGAAGAGAAAGCGUAGCGAGGACAAUGGCACCCCGAGGGUCGCAAAUGAAAGGCGCCGGUCAACCAGACUAUCCACAGCCAAAGACACGGUUCCCAUAGACCUGGAUGACCCCGAUGCGACGCAAUCACAGGAGGGUGACAUUGAAUCGACUGAUCGGCCCUCCUUCCCGGCUAAACCAUCUGUACCUACGCCACGCCGAUCAACCCGCAGCUCUCAACGCCAGGAUGAAUUUAUCACAUCAGAAUCACUCUCCCCGAUUGCGGUUCGCGGGGCUCCACAUGAGCAUGCUGAUGAUAUCGAAACCUCUCAGCCCCCACCGAAGCGAACUCGCAAGUCUGCUCGUGGCGAGGAUAAGUCGAGUGCUGGUGUAGUGAGCCCAGCCCAGUCUCAGUCCUCUUACAGUACCCGCUCUGGCAGAACACGUUCAUCGCAAAAUAAAAAUCAAAAAGCCCAACCACUACUCGAAACGACGGUAUCCACAACAUUAUCGAACCAACCUAAGAUUUCAGGUCUUGAAGCACUUCCCCAGGCCAUCAAUCUCCCUCUGGAAACCGGUGUCAAUCUUGAUGGUCCCCUCGUUUCCACAGAGGAAGCAACUCUUUCCCAGGAGAACAAAUCCGGUCUAUUGCCAGUGUCUAUGUCUCAGGACACUGAUACUAACAUGGAUGUGGAUGCAGUGAUACUUUCUGACGACAUUCCAGCCCACACGCCUGUGUAUGUCACGCCCUUUGUCACGACAGGCAUCCAACCCGAAUCCAUCCCCACUCCUGAACCCGACACAAGCGAGGCAGGAAUCACGGAAUCGCUCAAAAGACUCCUGGAAAAUAUGAAACAGGCUAACUUGAGCGUAAAUGCUCUUCGUGAGGUUGAUGACCUCCUUUUCAACAUCCGUGUCGAGGCCCAUGACGCAUCACGGCGACACAAUCAUACCGCAUAG